AUGGGAUUGGCCGGUCUUGUUGAGCGCGCAAGGCUCCCUUACGUCUCGCAAUGGAUUAAUGAUGAUAUUCGUCCCGUGGAGGCUGCCAGGCGAACAUGGGGCUUCUGGACCUUUCAUAAUUACUGGCUGCUGAUCAACUGCAACAUUGCAACUUUCCUCACGGGAAGCGCACUGAUACCCCUGGGCCUCAAUUAUUGGCAGGCUAUUAUUGCCAUUGUCAUCGGAAAUAUCAUUGCCACCACUGCAAUUGUCAUCAGCUCACUGUCGGGAGCCUACUAUCACAUUGGCUUCUCUGUGUAUAGCCGUGCCGUCUGGGGCAUGUGGGGGUCUCAAUUUGCCAUCUGGAACCGUAUAUUCUUGUGUCUUGGUAUGUACGGCUUUCAGUCAUGGGUUGGCGGCCAAUGUUUCGAGCUCAUCUUACUUUCGUGGGAUCCCAACUAUGAGUCUCACAUCCCCAACCACAUGCCUGCCUCGACGGGCAUGACCACGGCCCAGUUUGUGUCGUACAUCAUCUUUUUCAUCAUCAGUCUUCCGUUCGUAUGGAUCAAGCCGCACCGUCUGCAGAAGUUCUUCUACUUCGCCAGCGCGGUAACCAUGGUAUUCUUCAUAGUGCUGCUAAUCUGGGCUUUGGCAACCAUGGGCCACGGAGGCUUUGGUGACACGAUAGACUCGGCAACCACCAUUCCCAAGACGGGUGGUCCGGGCAGUCUCGCCUGGCUCAUGAUAUACGGAAUCAUGUCCACCGUUGGCUCCAUCGCCGCCGGUAUCCUGAACCAGAACGAUUUUGCACGUCUAUCGAGGAAGCCGAUGGAUGCCGUCUGGGGCCAGCUCAUCCCAUACGGAGUAUACAGCAUCCUGACAUCGGUCAUUGGCAUUCUGGUUGUCGGAGCCACGCAGCGGAGAUUUGAUGGCGAGGCCGUCUGGAACCCACCGACCAUCUUUGUUCGCCUAUUGGAAAAGGACAACAGCCCCGGGACCCGCGCCGCGCUCUUCUUUGCGGGGGUUGCUCUGUGCAUCUCGCAAAUCGGCAGCAACGUGCCUGGAAACGCGCUGGCCGGCGGCAUCGAUCUGUCGUCGGUGUUCCCGCGGUACAUCAACAUCCGCCGAGGCGCCUACAUCACGGUGAUGCUGAGCCCGAUUGUCAACCCCUGGCAGCUGGUCAACACGGCGACGACGUUCCUGUCGGUGCUGUCCAGCUACGGCGUCUUCCUGGCGCCGAUGACGGGCAUGAUGUUUGCCAACUACAUCUUCGUGAACAAGCGCAAGGUCAAGGUUGACGAUCUGUACCACGGCCACAGCGGCAGCAUAUACUGGUACAAGUACGGCAUCAACUUCCGUGCCCCCGUUGCAUGGGCCGUGGGGGUUGCUCCAACCCUGCCCGGCUUUAUCGCGGCCGUCAACCUGUCCGUGUCGCUGCCCGCCGGCAUGACGGAGCUCUAUUUCCUCAACUACCUGUACGGCUUUGUGUCCAGCGCCGUCGUCUAUGGGCUGCUCCACUGGAUCUUCCCUGCCAGGGAGGUUGAUGAUUUCGUCAAGAAUGCCCCCAGCGCCAGGGAGGUCCAGCAGCAUUACACAGACCGCUGGGAGGUGGAUCUGUCCCAGGCAGGCCACAUCCUGUCGGAAGACGACAGCUCGGGAAUUACGCAUCUGGACCGAUGCAGCCGUCCAGGCGCCAUAGGCGAAGUGCGAGCUUCAGGGCCAGUCACGUUACUCGCUCGCUCCCACGGCCUCGAUCACGACACGCGGCCCAGAAUCCGUUCCCCGCUACGUGCCUCGUCUCAACAAGAGAGCGAGAGUGCCACUGAAAAUGGAGUCUCUGAAGCCGAGCUCGUCACGCCUCCAGCCAUGGGCUCUUCGCCGGCUCUGCCACGCCGUAGCGUCUCGCAUUCUAGCCCGGCGGACACUAUCCAGUCGUCGGCAGGACUCAGUGCCGCUGGAGACCUGAGUCUGGAGCAACAGUCGUCCGCACCCGCGGCAGUUGUACAUCAGGGCUUGAUUCGCCAGAACGGGCCUUCUGAAAACACGUUGGAACCAACCUCAUAUGGUCUCUCUCCUCCAGCCCCUUUGGCAUCUGAUUAUCCUCUUCAUACACUUGAAGAUAAUUUCAACAGGACGGCACACUCAAUGGGGCCCUCGGGUGAACAAGACAUAUACCUCCUGGAUGCCUUCAGAUGCCUCAUCAUAAACGAGAAUGAUGAGCUCGAUGCCAACAUCAUCCAGGUGUAUCCUGGAGGCCCUACGGCAGACGAUCGUCCGGUUCACUUCCUGCUAUUGGAAAAUGAGAACCCCGACUUCACCAAUGAAGCAAAGCAAGCCGCCUCGGAUGAAACUGAGACGUUGGCAUGGCCCUACGGCGAUCACCUGGUGCGCUUGUAUUUCAAGCAUGUCCAUCCUAUAUACCCCGUGGUCACCAAAUCCCGUUUCCUACGUCAGUACAAGACCAACAAGAUGAAGAUCCCCGCUUCGUUGCGCGGUGCAAUCUAUGGCAUGGCGAGCGUCUUCUGGGAUAUUAAAGAGGCUUGUCCCUUUGAGCAGCACCAAUGCAUCGACCACGCCCACGAGGCCCUCAGGCGCGAGCAUGAAAACCCCAAUCUAUUCAGCUUACAAGCAGGCCUUUUGCUUCACCACAUCACACCGCCCGAUGUCGACAGCGUUGAAACGCCGAGCAUGUGGACCAUGACGGCACAGACCACGGCGUGUGCCCAGACAAUAGGCCUUCAUCAAGAUCCUGGCCGAUGGAGCAUUGAACCGUGGGAGAAAAGAGUCAGAAAGAAGCUUUGGUGGGCAGUAUACGCUUCAGACUGCUGGUCUUCAAUAUGCCAUGGGAACCCUCCGCACAUAAGCCACGCGUCAUUCAGCACAGCUCCGCCUGACAUGGACGACAUUCGAGCUGACGAGACUGUUCCCGAGGAUUUACGGCACAUGGUCGAUCCUGAAGAUGCCGUCUUUCAGAUUUCGGUUGGCGCUCGAUUCUUGCAAUUUAUCAAUCUCACAAUGGUCCUGAGAGAUGUAUUAGACUGCAGCUUUCAAAUUCGACCCAGCCUAUCAACCUUGGGCGAGAGGGCAGUACAAUUAAACAUCUUGCGAGACAAGUUCAAAGAUUGGCAUGUCCUGCUUCCGCAAUGCCUUGCUCUUGGUCCUGAAAGAGGACAGGAUGUAGCUAGCAACUGUCCCCUACAUCUUACGUAUUAUGCUGCUCAAGCGCUGUUGUACCGAGGUUUGAUGUACCCUGCCACUAGAGCAGCCAAGGCCAACCCCGAGUCAAAUCUUCGAAAGUGGUUUAUUCACGCUCUCGGCGAGUUUCAGAGCUUCGUCAGCUUUUUCAGUUCCAUCUCUGAAGAAGAUUUGCGUGGCUUUUGGUGCCGCCAUGCUCGGUCUCAGCUGAUUUUAUGUGGCAACUUUCUUAUUUACCUCUUCCUACUGGCCUCUGACCAGGGACACAUUGAGGCUGCAUACCAGCUUCUACAAGAUUUUCAUCACGCUCUGAAGCGCCUUGGAGAAACCACUCACAAGCCUGGACGGCUGCUUCUACGACCUGUCAGACUCCGACUGGAUUCUUUCUUCCGCCAGGCGGCUACAAUCUUGCGUGGAAAUGAUGGCCUGUAAAUAGAGAGAGAAAAAAAAGUCGGUUAUUUUGUAUGCAAAAGUUGGCAUAGUUGCUUCAUUUGUAAUAUAGCGUUGGAUAUUAGCCCUUGCUUGUUGCUGAUUGCAUGUUGAAAGAAGAAAAUAAAAUGGUACCAUCUUG